AUGGGGAAUUCCACAGGCUGCACCGUGGACGAUCUACAGGCCGUCGAGAUGCACCUCUGGUACAAGAAGUUCAUGACCGAGUGUCCUUCAGGUCAGUUAACGCUCCAUGAGUUCAAGCAGUUCUUCGGGCUCCGAGGUCUCGAUCCCGAGGCCAACGCUUACAUCGAACAGAUGUUUCGCACCUUCGAUAUGAACAAGGAUGGUUACAUAGACUUCAUGGAGUACGUCGCAGCACUAAGUCUCGUAAUGAGAGGAAAAAUGGAGCACAAACUCCGCUGGUACUUCAGACUCUAUGACGUUGAUGGCAACGGCUGCAUAGACCGACACGAGCUGCUCAAUAUCAUAAAGGCCAUUCGUGCCAUUAAUGGCAGUGACUCUCAGGAAGUGAGUGCUGAAGAGUUCACCAACCGUGUGUUUGAGAGGAUCGAUGUGAACGGAGACGGUGAACUGUCACUGGAGGAGUUUGUAGAAGGAGCACGACGAGAUGAAGAGUUCAUGGAGGUGAUGAUGAAGAGUCUGGACCUCAGUCACAUUGUGGCCAUGAUCCACAACCGCAGGAACAGCGUACCCGACAAACUUUAUGGAAUUGGCAUACACGGAACUUUUUUACACCAACUAAAAACAGCAGAGGAGCCAAUCGACACGUGAAUCUGGAAUGAGUGACAGUUGUGUAGGCGUGUUUAACUCUCCCCUAUUAACUCAAGCCAUGCCCGCUUUCUAGAAUCAUGUAUUAAUCAUUUCUUGUCUCGACUCGAGUUUUUCCGCUGAAGCGUAGUCCUCGCUAUGUGAAAGUUUUGAUCUGUCUAUCCACUAACCUUAUACAAGUAUUCUUCCUUAUUAGCAAGUUUGGAUUUGAGAUGAAUUUCAUACGAAUGAUGUCAUAAGAAAUUACGUAAACACUAACGCCGCCUCUAUACAUGAUAGAUAUUUGACGAUAGAUGAGAGAAUGGAUAGAAUAGAAGAUCUUUCCUGGACUGGAAUUCUCAACCCUGAGGCUGAACCGCCUUCUUUGUGAAACUCAACGACAUCAAGUAAUGUAGCUAAAGUUUAGUUAGGUAACCAGAUUUGGCCAAUCAUUCUUCAGGUAACUCCAGACGAUACAUACAGACGCUAACACGCGUUAUUCUAGUUCUUUAGAACAUCUCAGAUCUCAGCUCCAUGCCUGAUUUUCUUCACGUGAACCGUGUACACUAUAUAAUAAAGGAUGAAAUGAGCUUUAUUGGAUAGAAUUGUAAUAGACAUUUUGUUGGUUGAGUAAAAUGAAGCUAGCUCUUACGCAUUCUGUGCCUUGUGUAACAGAAACACAGAACUCCUGUUGACCUGCUCGUGCUUUUAAAUUUCUACAAUUAAAAAUAUCCCAACUGUGAAGUAUGUACUCUGUGUGGUUUAUAUG